CAACGUCAUUCGCGCACACAAAGGCGUCCCCAACACUCUCGCUCGAUUGCCAGAGAACCCCUCUCCUUCUUCAUCUCUGUGCCAUGCUUCCGCCACAAAUAUUCCAGGACUGAGAGGAGUAUGUCUGCGCGUGAGAGAAACGCGCACAGCCACGAUGGGAAUCGUCUUGGCGCAGCCUCCAACCAAACGCAUCCCAAAUGCGGUUCGCAAGUGACUCUCCACCUGAACUUGAGGUCGAAGAUCAUAGAUGAUAUUUAACUCCGCUCGAGAAGAGCAGUUAUGGCCGUGGCGAAGAUGCUGUUCUCUGACGUGGAAACUUUUCUGGACUCGCACCCCGAGUUGUUCGAGGACUACCUGAACAGAAAGGGGAGCUACGGCAUGGUGGAGAAAUGGCUGAAGAAUCACCAGGCGAGCAAGAGUCCGGUGGCCGCCGCGUCUCCUGCCGAGCCGCGGGAGGAGAAGAGCGCCGCGCUCCGCGACAGCUGGGCCAGCAAGUGCGACGGGCUGCAGAGGCGAGCCUCGCAGAAGGAGCUGCGCAAAACUUUUGCCAGGUCCAAGGCCGUUAACGUCAACAGGACCUACGACGAGCACGUCAACUCCCGGGCUCAGGAGCCGCUGACCAGCAUGAGGAGGCGCGCUCUGCUGAGGAAAGCCAGCUCGCUGCCUCCCACCACCGCUCACAUCCUCAGCGCGUUACUGGAGUCCAGGGUCAACAUCCCGCAGUACCCGUCCACGGCCGUGGACUUCAAAUAUUACCUCAAAGAGCACAACGAGAGGGAGUUCUUCCUAGAGCUCGUCAAAGACAUCUCCAACGACUUGGAUCUCACGAGUCUGAGCUACAAGAUCCUGGUGUUCGUUUGCAUCAUGGUGGACGCGGACCGCUGCUCCUUGUUUCUGGUGGAAGGCACCGGCAACAAGAAGACGCUGGUGUCCAAAUUCUUUGACGUGCACGCAGGGACGACCGUUUUGCCCUCCAUGAACUCGGACGAGGUGCAGGUGCCGUGGGGGAAAGGCAUCAUCGGAUAUGUGGCCGAACACGGAGAGACUGUGAACAUUCCUGACGCAUAUCAGGAUCGUCGCUUCAGCGAUGAAAUUGACAAGCUGACCGGGUACAAAACCAAGUCCCUGCUGUGCAUGCCCAUACGCAACAGCGACGGCGAGAUCAUCGGUGUAGCUCAGGCCAUCAACAAGAACUCGAGUGGAGAACUCUUCACUGAAGACGAUGAAAAGGUGCUGCAGAUGUAUUUACCUUUCUGUGGGAUUGCGAUCUCCAACGCUCAACUCUUCGCUGCCUCUAGAAAAGAGUACGACCGGAGCCGGGCUCUCCUGGAGGUGGUGAAUGACCUGUUUGAGGAGCAGACUGACCUGGAGAAGAUUGUCAGGAAGAUCAUGCAUCGUGCUCAGACGCUACUCAAGUGUGAGCGCUGCUCUGUGCAGUUGCUGGAGGACAUAGAAUCACCGGUGGUGAAGUUCACCAAGUCGUUUGAGUUAUUGUCACCAAAGUGCAGCGCCGACACUGAAAGCAGUUUCAAAGACAGCAUGGAGAAGUCAUCAUACUCCGACUGGCUCAUCAACAACAGCAUCGCCGAGCUGGUGGCGUCCACAGGACUGCCUGUCAACAUCAGUGACGCCUACCAGGAUCCUCGCUUUGAUGCCGAGGCAGAUCAGUUCUCAGACUUCCACAUUCGCUCCGUGCUGUGUGUUCCAAUAUGGAACAGCAACCACCAAAUCAUCGGUGUCGCUCAAGUGCUGAACCGACUGGACGGAAAACCUUUUGAUGAUGCCGACCAAAGACUUUUCGAGAAUGUUCCAAUUUUGCAGGCAUUUGUGAUCUUCUGUGGACUCGGCAUCAACAACACCAUCAUGUACGACCAGGUGAAGAAGUCCUGGGCCAAGCAGUCAGUGGCGUUGGAUGUCCUGUCGUAUCACGCCACUUGCUCCAAGACAGAAGUCGACAAAUUCAAGGCGGCCAACAUUCCGCUGGUGUGCGAGCUGGGCAUCGAUAAGCUCUCCUUUGAUGACUUCUCCCUGGACGUGGACGCCAUGGUAACCGCCGUUCUGCGGAUGUUCAUGGAGCUCGGUAUCGUGCCCAAGUUUAAGAUUGAAUACGAGACUCUUUGCAGAUGGCUGCUGACUGUCAGGAAAAACUACCGCAUGGUUCUCUACCACAACUGGAGACACGCCUUCAACGUCUGCCAGUGCAUGUUCGCCAUGCUCACGACGGCCGGCUUCCAGGAGACUCUGACAGAAGUGGAGAUCUUAGCGCUUAUUGUGGGCUGCGUGUGUCAUGACUUGGACCACAGAGGCACCAACAACGCUUUCCAGGCCAAGACGGGUUCAGCGCUCGCUCUGCUGUACGGCACCUCUGCCACUCUGGAGCAUCACCACUUCAACCACGCGGUGAUGAUCCUGCAAAGUGAGGGUCACAACAUCUUCUCCAACCUCUCGUCCACCGAGUACAGCGACCUGAUGCAGCUGCUGAAGCAGUCCAUCCUGGCCACUGACCUCACGCUCUACUUCGAGAACAGGAACACUUUCUUUGAGCUGGUCAGCAACGGAGAGUACAACUGGAACGUGAAGGCGCACAGAGACAUGUGCAGAUCCAUGAUGAUGACGGCAUGUGACCUCGGCGCCGUCACCAAACCGUGGGAAAUAUCACGCAAGGUGGCAGAGUUGGUGACCAGCGAGUUCUUCGAGCAGGGUGACCGAGAGAGGUCCGAGCUGAAACUCACGCCGUCCGCCAUCUUUGAUCGGAACAGGAAGGAUGAGCUGCCGGGGCUCCAGCUGGAGUGGAUCGACGGAAUCUGCGCGCCACUCUACGAGACCCUGGUCAAGCUGAACCCAAAGCUCCAGCCGAUGGUUGACAUGAUUCGAGCCAACAGGGCCAAGUGGGAAGAGCUAAACAACAAGCGACAACAUGGCCACAGCGUCUCUGCCCCCGCCAGCCCCGAGUCUGGCGGCUGCUUGGUCCCCAAAACCGGCAGCAGUCCGUGCUGCAGCGAGACGCCGCCUGCUUCCGUCAGUUAGCUCGGGCCGUCACGUCCCAUCUCGUCGGCUCGGUUUCCUCUCGGCAGCCUGCGACUCAGGCAGGCGCUGCGGUGCAUGCAGCCGCUGGCUUCUGCUGCUUGAGAUGAGCUUCAGCGCCUCUGGAACUCUGGCGUGUCUCUGAACAGACACGUGUUUGCCGGAGCAGCUGCACAAGUCAGAAAUCACUGUGUCUACAUGGACGGAUGAAUUGCACAGACCUUCAGCACAACUAAAGAGAUGGACCCCCCCUCCUCACUCUUUCUUCUGUAAAGCUGUACAUAGCUCUGUUGGACAGGUCGAGCCGGUGGAGUGUAAAGCGGCUGAAGGAUUUAGUGGGAACUGUUUCCAGUAUGGAGUCAUGUACUGGUGGAUUCAAGAGCAGGAGAUUUGAGUGUCAAACUCAAGGCACGGGGGCCUUUAUUUCUCCGGUGUGAGCUUCAGAGAGGCCUGACAUUGCAGAGCAAAUAAUACAUGCUGAUGUGAUGACUGAUGAAGUGACAGGCUGCCGCCACUAGAUGGAAGUGUUUCUGCUACAACAGCGAGGUUGGACAGAUUAUUCAUGAUGGUACUGAAUGAUGAUCCCUGUGAGGUCCCAAAGGAGGACCUCUGCCUUACCAAAAGGCUAGAGAGUGAAUUUGGGCGUCAGGUGGAGCAUAUAUUGGCGCCGAACACCACCAGCGACAGACUGUUACCUGACUGUUAAUCUUCACGGAAGCUAACUUGUUUCAGAACACUGGUCCCCGUGUGCUUGAGUUUGACACGCUUGGUUGAUAUGUUCACUCGGUGACGCUUAGAAUUUGUCCAGAUUUAACCGUUACAAACUUCCUGUAUAUUUGCUCAAGUGUACUCUAAAAUAAAAUCGCCAGUCCGUUUACAAACGUUGACCCUAGUCAGACACUUCCAGAACCCGCGAGCCCUUUGAGGAUGACGUGCUACAUGCAGCGCAACUUCAGACUGAGGACGCUCAAUUGGGCCUCUCAAAACUCAGCGCUCAGACUGGGCGGUACUCACCCGGAGAUGUUGGCAACAGCUUCAUUCAUCAACACUGAUUUAACUUGUGCGGAUGCAGGAAACCGACCCAGAGUUUAUGAUUGAGGUUUGCCAUGUGCAGCAGUAAUCUGUGAACGAAGCCUACUCUUGAAUGAGCUCAGCAGUUUCACUCCAUACGUUUGAGCUUGCAAUGCAAACUGAGUGUCCCACGUCCUCCCCUCCUGUGCCUUGUUUGAAAGCUCCUGAAGAAACCUGCAUGGCCUCUUGUUCUCCAACACCUUCUUUGUCAAACCAACCAAUAUUAAAAUCCGAACCACACAGAUAUUUGAGCUGAAUCCAGCAUUCAGUCCGGUCACAAACACACAAUGUGCCUUGAUAUUUCCGUCGAAGUAGCCGCUUCAUUUUGUGAAUUCAGUUUUGUUGGAGACUGCGGAGGACCUGGAUGUGAGUCAUGAAGAAGUGCCCGCGUAGAAACAAGCCAUGACUUCCAUCCUAGUUGCUGAGGAAGGUUUGCCUUAUGAAUCGUGUCGUGGUUAAUUGGUGACUGUGCACCUUGUGAGGCAUGGAUCCGUGUGCUACUGACUGUACUUUAGUUCCACCACUUGCAUGUUCUCUUUCGUUUGCAGUACUGAACUCGACCACUUGCUCACAAUGUAGCAAACGUGAACCGACAAAUACCUCGACUCAUCUCUACGACACAUGAGGGGGAAUGCAUGUCUUCUACUCUGCUGCAUCAUGUGAUCUCUGAAUAUUGCUCUUCUAUUUUUCUAUAUGGCCAGAAAACAUGGCCGACGUGUCUUUUCCAAAAACGUAACCUAGUCUCUUCUCUCCUCUGAGGUCAAACGGAAAGAAACCGUCGAGCAUGACGAUGCAAAUG